UUCCGUAUCUUUUACUAACGAGGGCGCAAUACAACUUUAUGUUGGCCAAAAGUCGCCGAAAACCAUCUUCAUCAACUCAUAACCAGCUGGCCGAGAUGUCCAAUGACAGCUGGUUUCAAAACCUUGCCCGACAACACGCAAGAACAAUUACCACGACAGCUAGAAGCCUUUGUUGAUUAAGCUACUACCCUGCUGGCGGCUUAUUUCGCUGGCAUUUACAUCGACCUUUUCUGAUACCAAACUGCCCUCAAGCUGGUCAUGUGUUGUGGAGCCCAGCCUGGCUACCAACCACAUAACAAUUUUGGGCCAUUCAAGAGCAUGAUCUUUGGUAGCACUCGUUACUAUGGAGGAGCAUCUUUGCGAGCAACCUCGCGUGCCAUUGACUUCUGACUUUAGAAUGUUUUGAGCAGCAGCAGCAAAGUAGCGCUCCGACUUUGUUGUUCCGAAACACGUGAAUUCGGACAAACGGCUCUAGAAACUCCUACGUAAAAAAGUAACGCGCUCCAGGUUGCGAGUAGAGCAGAAAGGGCGCCGCGCAGAGGCAGACGUUGCGCGGAAGCAACGGUUAAAGGACAACCGUCUAGUCUCUCGACACCGGUCCAUUCUUUUGCCACCCCGACGUCCAAUCAGUGUCUUGUGUGCACAGCUGGGAAACUAGUGUGUGUGUGAGGGCCACAGACGCUCUAAUUAAGUAGAUGUAAGGACUUCCGAGGAUGCUCGCUUGUUGUCGUGACGCUUGACGAUGGAGUCACUAAAUCCACAUUCGCCUUUAAGCGCAAAAUAUAGACUAGGAGCUUAUUGGAAGAAACCCCGCAGCAUUCGCUCCGGUGACUAACAGAGCAAGUCGACGAGCGACUUCACCGCCAUGGUUCAGGACAAAUCUUUACUCGCCGAUGGAACCCCUGUCAGAUCAAAGCGACUUUUACAUCGCCGAGAUCCACCAAACCAUUCAUCACACGCUGUUGUUUUUGAGGGAACAUUUAAGAUCCCGCUCCCUGAUCACCAUGUUGACGACGGUCCGAUAACCCCCGAAUCCGUUGAAGUUCCUACAUCACCUGUCAGGAAAAGACCACGACUGAGGUCCGAUGGGCAACGCACUGAACUAUCCACUAAAGGUGAUUUUGAAGAUGAGGACGCUUGGACUACCACAUUCAAGCGCAAAUCGCGUACCACUUCAACAUUUCAGGGACGGUCGGCUAACCCCGAUGUAUCCCCCGCUAUCUUUCCAUUAGUUUUACUCCCGGAAGCCAGAACGUCGGGUUCUUCCGUUACGCAACAGAUCAAAGACUUUUUUUCUUCACCGGUGCCGGCCCUGUUUUGCGGCACUGGGGACAACGGCUGGGAGUUGGGCGGUAUUUUAAUGGAGUACCAUCUCCGCAAACUAGUGGAUGCCGAUAUCGGUGGCGACCUACGCCAUGCUGCUGGGUGGGGACGUAUGCCGACGCAGUUGAGCCAAUGGGUCUCGUAUGCAGAAAGAAGGGUGUUAGACGAGGAGCGAGGGACAAUAGAACGGGCCCGGAAGAGGGUCAAGUUGCAGAAAGAGGACCCGAUUAAUCCACGGACGGGAAUGCGCUGCCGAAGCGUGGACCUGGAGGUAAACUCUAGCCAGGGUCUGCCGCUGAACAUAAGCGCCGCAGAUUAGGCAAGAAGAAGCGCCCCAUCAACAAAGCACACAAAUCAAGUCAACAGUGGACACGUCUGGCUGGUGCGCUAGCGCGAAAAGCGGAGGCAAUAUGGGACGGUCCGGAGGAAAUGAAGGCGUUGUACCAGAAAAAGAGGUAUCUCAAAGCAGGGCUGUACUCCUCCGUCUACAAGAGCGACGCCUUGUCCAAACUACGGCCGCGUGCAUAUCAAGCGCGCUUCAGCUUUCCAUUACCAAUGAAUCAUGGAGCAACCCUACUGCAGGAAGAACUUGACUUUGAACUCCCCUAUGAUAUCGUCACACAUGUCGCUCUUCUUGGUGGUCCGACAGCUUUGAAGGCGCAGGCUACCAAGAAAUCGCCCAGUCCAUUUUACAGGAUCCAGAAAAAUAUUUUUGUUGAUCGAAAGCCCCAUAAGGGAAAAGAAGUUCCGGUUUGCCAAUGCGAGAUCCCGUCCAAUAAUGACCCAGCUUGUAGGGAUAAUUGUCUGAAUAGAUGCAUGUUUAUAGAGUGCUCUCCAAAGCACUGUCCUGCGAAUGAAAGGUGUUCGAACCAGCGAUUUCAAAAGCGAGAGUCAAUAAAAGAGCUGGAGGUUGUGUGGACCGCUGUUCGGGGACAUGGCCUUCGAACGAAGGUCAACAUCCCGCGUGGCAGUAUGGUCAUAGAGUACCGUGGCGAGAUCAUAUCGCAGGAUACAUGUAUUGAGAGGAUGGAAACAAUCUAUAAGGAUGUUGAGAAUUACUAUUUUCUGAACUAUGCCAGAGGAGAAGUCAUCGAUGCAUGCCGGAAAGGGACAGAGGCCAGGUUUGUCAACCAUAGUUGCGAACCCAACUGUCACAUCGAAAAAUGGCUGGUGGAUGGGGAAUAUUGCGUCGGCCUCUUCUCUUCUGAGGAUAUUUUCGCGGGCUCCGAGCUUACCUACGAUUAUCGUUUCGAGGCGUUCGGACCCAUGCAACAGUGCCUGUGUGGGGCCAAAAGUUGCCGAGGUUUUAUCGGUUUGAACAAGAAGGUUGAGGCAAAGCAAGAUCCUGCAAAAUCCAAAAAGACCGGAAAGCAAGGGAAAUCGAAAGCUAAAUCCACCAAAGUUAAACGUAUCAAAGUCAAAUCAUACGAACGUGAAUUUUGGUUGCGAAAACAUCAGAGAGAAAAGCUCGCUAGUCAGUAUAAGGAUGUUUUGAAGAACCGUGGAUUCUAUGCAGAUGCUGGGCUGUUUUUGGUUCGGAAUAUGAGGAGCGUGGUGGCAAAGGAAUUGGGUGAGCGUCAUCUGAGUGCUGCAAGCGGUUCGACAUCUAGUACUACCCGCAAUCGACGAGCCGGAAGUGGUGAUGAUGACGUUGUUGAUGCAAUUCCAAAGUUAUCGCCGGAUAUCGUAAGGCGAAGGCGUAGGGGCUUGGACGCUGUCAUUGAAGAUCUGUGGCUAGUGAGGAAAGCUCUGUUCCCCGGUGAUAGAAUCGGAGACAAUAUUGGAGACCGGGGCACAUUAGAAGACGUAGAACUCGAGCCUUGGAGUGAUAACGAUGACAUGUCACUCAGCUAUGUGGAGACAGGUGAUUCAGCUGCUUCCUCUGAACAAAGUGACAACGAUGAAUUUGAUGAAUCGAGCACCGAGUCAGACAGUGAUGGCGACGCAGAGGGAACUCCCGAAAGGCAUCCAGCACUGCAAAGCGAGACAGAGCUUACUCCCGGCAAAAGCAGUGCACUACAGUCUGUGAAACGGUCAGCCGCCGUUAGAGUGCAUGAUAUUAAGAACGACUCCGGGAACCUUCCUUCAGAACUACCUGGUAAACGGAGGAGUUUGCGUGGCCGUGGUCAUCGGGACGGAGUUGAUACCGAAAACCAUUUUCCCAGUAGUCGAAGCGGAGCAGUCCUGGGAGAAGAUUCUGAGGGUGAGGGAAGCGACGAUGAAAUGUUGCCAACGCGUCGAUCCCCACGGUUCAUCUCCUCAACAGCCAAGAGAAGUCCCGGAAGGAAGACCCAACUCCCACGAUCGCUUGUAACCCCUGAUCGCCAGGCGCUCUCGCAUGCAGAGCAGCAAUUAUCCCGCAGUGCUGCGCGACAGUCAGGGUCCCGUCAACGUCCCCGAGGUUACCUGAGCACGGAUGUAUCUCCAUCGUUGCAACGAGGAAUUAAGAAGUCUGACAUCUUAGGUGAUGCAACCCCAUCGACAGAAUCGCCUAUGUCUAGAGAUGAUACCAUCAUGGGAAAAGAACCUCUCUCGAAACAGCGGGCUGCAAGAGCGCUGCGUAGAUCAAUAGUAGCCCAAGCACGUCAGGAAACAGUCGCUGAAGACCGUAGUGAGUCGUUGUCAGGAUGUGAGACAUCCCCGGAAGGAAACGUAGAUUCAAAUGCUGGUCUUCUGAAUUCGUCGGGGACGAAGGCUGAUGGAUUUUUAUCGACACUUCGGAGCUCUCGUCGCCCUGGGAUACGGAAUCAUCGCCGGAGCGAUUUGAGCGCUGGCGGUGACGGAGAGUCGACGACAAAGAGCACUGAUUCCGUAGUAUCAUCACACACAUGGAGUGCCGGUUCCGACGGUGUCGACAGGCAGCUUCAAGCAGGCACGCGGAAAUCAGUACGUCGUUCUCUCAAGUCUGAAGCCAUAAAAGCUGGCACCCUGCCGGUCCAGGAUGAUCAUAGAUGUCUUGAAAUUAAUAACACGACACAGAAAGAGGGCGAUCCAACCCCUUCAAGUCCUGUGGCAACGCAGGAAGUGGACGCAGUUGCGGCAUUGCUGUCAUUGUCCGCGUCAGCCAUGGACAUGGAUGAUGAUCAAACUACCAUAAUACCAGAAGUAGCACAGGUUGCAAAGGUCCAAGAUAUAGGACAAGAAUCGCGUGCUCCGCUCAUGCGAGGAGAGCAUGCAUCGCUUACUGGGAAACCACUGGUGCCGCAAAGCAAAAAGGAGACCAUCAGGACCUACAAAGGAAAGGCUGGUAAACAGCGACUCAGCAUGGAUAUAGUCUCGGUCGAUGAGAGCCAUGGCCAUUUGGUGAACAAGGAGAACAAAUUGGAUGGAGCGGAACAUAAUACGGGACGGCGACAGUCGCUAAGGCGACUCUGUAAAUAGGAAUGCAAAUUGGAGGCACUAAAUGGACAUAAUGUAAUAUUCAUAAAACAUUGACGACUCCCACACACGUCC